GGCACCAUGGCUCGUAACUCCCACAACGAGACAAAAACUCAAAACCUCUUCCCCCUUUUCUCCCUUGACUUGAAAACCAGGAAUCAGAGUUUCUCCCUCUAAAAAGCGCGCGUUUCGGUGUUGAUUGUUGAUUGAUCAUCCAAGUCCUUUUCAGAGAUUUCAAUAUCUGAGACUGAGAUAGAGAGAGAGAGAGGCUCAGAGACUCUUCGUUUCCAGUGAAACAUCAUAUCCAUGGUGGUUUAGUCAGCCGAGUCGACUCGCUGCUUCCAUUGAGUUAUCGAUAUAUUUGACUUUUAUUGUUCUUUUUCUCUUCGGGAAAAUAAAAAAAGUUCUUGGAUUCCUCUAUCUCUGCACCUAAAAGUAGAGAUUCAUCCUCGAAGAUGAGAGCCUUUUCAAAGCGUAGAGUCGCCGUCGUUUUGGUUCUUUUUUUCUCCGUAGUGCUAUUAUUCAUGCUUCUUUAUUCGACAGGUGUGAGUUACAGCACAUCCAUGGUAUCGAACAAGUCAGUCUCCAAAGGAGGGGACUAUACAAAAUUUGCUCCACAUCGAAAGCUUCUUAGGAGAUCAUUGGCAACGGAGGAACCUGAUAGAAUAUGGGGAGAGAAGUGUACAAAGGCCGAUAUUUUGAUAAACCAGGGAGCCACUGCUCCUCUUCCUAACGGUAUUCCUACCUACACUGUUGAGAUCAUGAACGUGUGCGUCACUGGCUGCGAUAUCUCUGGCAUUCACCUUACCUGUGGCUGGUUCAGUUCAGCUCGGCUCAUCAAUCCCAAGAUUUUCAAGCGUCUUCGCUACAAUGAUUGCCUUGUUAACAAUGGCAAGCCGUUGGUCAAUGGUGGCACACUUUCCUUUGAGUAUGCGAAUACUUUCCUUUACCCUCUCUCCGUCUCUUCGGUAAUCUGUCACUGAAAAUAACACUAAAAACUUGGGAUAACAAAGAACACUGAGUGGCUUAUGGUGAUGAUGUGAGAUGUCUUUUAAAUACUUAAUUUUUGUUUCUUGGUUUUUGGUUGGAUUUUUUUUUUUUGGGAUAUGCAUGGAGGUCUGUAACUACGUAAAAUUUCUUGAGUUUUGCAAGCUGCGAGAAUUCUUGGUAACUUCCUUGGGAGUGACCAUCUGUACAUAGCUUUAUGGAAGUUAAUAUGCGUGGAGGUAAGAGUUUAAUUACAAGAUUUUUUUUUCAUGGUUUUCUUGUUCCA